GUUGCUAGGAUACCUAAUAUACAAUGUAGCAAGGACGGUAAAAUGACUGCAGAUGCUACGAACAAAGUCUAACCACGAUUCAGUGGUUUUAAUUCCCGAGCCUGCACUAUCACUAGAAAUAUAUUAACUGGUAAACUUAGUAACUAAGUGUUCUGUGCCAUGGCUGACUACACAGGACACGGACUGCCCUUUUUACCGGGGAACACUUUCAGAGAUAUCACGAAGUCGGCUCAACAUAGACCCCAGACUUUGACUUACAAGAAUGGCUAUGUAUUAGCAAAACGCCCCAUUGUAGGCAUUGGGCAGGCAGCCUUCCUUUCAGACCAUCUGAACCAAAGUGAGGUUAACCAGUUGGCUAUCCAGAAUCUUGCACAAACCCAUGAACAAUCUCCAGCUGGCCCUUCUACGGAAUUCAUUCCUGCUCAUGUCUUCUUUGACAAGAAGGUGCUACGUUUCUAUGGAUACUUUAAGCAGGUGAUACUCCUGUCACCUUUGGAGCAGUACAGAGUGCGCCCUGUGAUCAUCAGCUACUUCCUGGAGGAUGACAGCUUCUGUGUGAUUGAGCCAGAGGUGGAGAACUCUGGGAUGCCACAGGGAAAGCUGAUCAAAAGACAGCGUCUGCCGAAAGACAAGCAGGGAGAUUUUUACCACUGGAAGGACCUGAAUGUGGGCAUUGACAUUUCUGUGUUUGGAGUCACCUAUCACAUAACUAGCUGUGAUCAGUGCACAAAGGAGUUUUUGGAGAGUGAAGGGAUAUUACUGAACGAGCCUGAAAAGAUUCCCCCUGACCCCUACACCCAGCGGCGGACACAGCCCCAGCAGGCCUACAUCACCCCCUCCGAUUUUGACAGCCUAAAGCAGUUCCUUUCCAUGGACCGCAAGGUGCUGCGUUUCUUUGCCCUGUGGGAACACUCAGACUCUGUCCACCGGGAGACCCGGCCUGUCAUCAUUCACUAUUACCUGGGGGACAACUCUGUAGAGAUCCGGGAGACACAUGAGUACAACAGUGGGCGGGACCCCUACCCCGUCCUGCUGAGGAGGCAGAAGGUGCCAAAGGAUGUAAAGCCCAAAACAGAGCCAUUCCCCAGCUGUGUCCUGGAGGUAUCACCCCAGGAAGUGCAGGAGUAUUACUCCCCAAAAGAUUUCUCUGUGGGGGAACCUGUUAGCAUCAUGGGAAGACAAUUCCUGCUGUACGACUGUGAUGAGUUCACCCGAAACUACUACAAGGAGAACUUUAGCGACACCCUGAAGCCCCUCCCGGUCAUAUCCAAGCCAAUCCCAGACAUUAAGAGGGAGAUCCCCCCAUACAAUGGCUUUGGUUCUCUGGAAGAUUCCCUUCAAAACUGCAAGUCUCUUAUCCCUGAGCCACCCAAGAAGGAUCUCUUGAAGAUGCUGGAGAAGGACGGCAAAGUGCUCAGAUACACAGCCAGACUGGACUCCCUAAAUCCUGAUGACAGUGGCCGCCGCUUCAUCCUGUCCUACUUCUUGUCCAAUGACACAAUAAGCAUCUUUGAGACAAACAUGCGAAAUUCUGGGAUCAUAGGAGGGAAGUUUCUGGAGAGGACCCAAGUCCACAAACCAGGCAGCACUCCAGAAAACCCCCAGUACUACGGCCCUGCAGACUUCGCCAUUGGGGCCACUUUGGAGGUGUUUGGACGCCGUUUUGUCCUGUUGGAUGCUGAUCUCUACGUCCUGAAUUACCUGGAGACCAUUGCUGAUCAGAUCCCAUCUGAAACCCUUGACUCCCUGUACCAGCGCCUGCGUCCAGAGCCCAAUAAGACCCAAGCAACAGAUGAAACUGUGGAAACCAUUGAAAACACUUUGUGAUGAGUUGCACCUGGCAGCAAACCCCCUCCCUACUCUCAUUCAUGACCACACGUUGCUUGCCACUUCUCUGAUACAGCUGCACAGAAGCCACAACGACUACGGGAAUUAAACAGUCAUGUUUGACGGAGCAAAUAAAUGCUAUGUUGAGGCGAAAAAA